AUGGCCAUUAAAGAAAAAAAAACUAAGGCUCAAAUCGCUGCAGCCGCUGCUGCUGGUUCUCGUAACAAAAAGAAGAAAUGGGCUAAAGCGAGGCGUCAGGAAAAAAUCAAGAAAACCGUUUACUUCGAACCAGCUUCCUACAGUUCAUUCAAGAGUGAAGUACCAAAAAUGCGAGUGAUUACUCCAUACAUUCUCAGCGAGAAAUUCAAACUCAAUUUAUCUAUAGUUCGUUCAGCUCUUAAAGAACUCGAACAGGACGGCGCUAUUAAACGUGUUAGUGGAACCGUCGGGUCACUAAUUUACACUCGCGUCUAA